UAAUAAUAGGGAACAUCUGGAAGCUUAUAAAAUUACAGGCUUUAACAACAAAACUCUGGAGCACUUAUGGGAAAGUCACUGAACAUCUUUAGAAGAUCAACGGUGAGCACUACAGGAGUCAGCACAUAAGGAAGGUUACAAUGAAGUCUGUUUUCUUCCUUUGCAUAUUUGCCAUUUGCAUUGGCCAACUCAAUUCUCUAACCUGUUUGGAAGAGCAAUCCAGGCUGCAAGCUCAAGUGAAGACCCUGGAACUAAAAGUCAAGCAGCAGCAGCUGAAAAUUAUGCAGCUUCUCACUCAGAGGGAAGCACUUGGAGCACUGUCAGACAAUGGCAAUGUCAUCGAACUGGAAGGAAAGCGGUAUGCAGACUGUGCUGAGAUCUACAAUGCUGGACACCAUCAGAGUGCAUUUUACAACAUUCAACCACUUAUGUCUUCACGUUCAUUCUGGGUCUACUGUGACAUGACUGAAGGAGGUGGAUGGACUGUUAUUCAAAGACGAGUUGAUGGAAGUGUCGGCUUUGACAGAGAUUGGAAUGACUACAAGCAAGGAUUUGGGAAUUUCCAAUCAGAUAAUGGAGAGUACUGGCUUGGAAAUGACAACAUUCAUUAUUUGACUUCACAGGGUGAUUACAAUUUGAGAAUUAAUCUUCAAGACUUUGAGGAAGGAUCUCGUCAUGCAGAGUAUACAAACUUCAAAGUUGGUCAAGAACAGGAUUCAUACCCGUUGAGUUUUGGUUCGUACUCUGGUUCUGCUGGUGACUCUCUUUCAGGAGGAUUUCACCCAGAAGUCCAAUGGUGGGCAAACCACAAUGGAAUGAAAUUCAGUACCCGUGACAGGGACAAUGACCGCUAUGAAAAAAAUUGUGCAAAAGAGGAUAGAAGUGGCUGGUGGUUUAACAGGUGCCAUGCUGCUAACCUCAAUGGCCUGUACUACAAUGGACCCUACUCAGCUGACACAGACAAUGGUAUUGUUUGGUACACAUGGCGUGGCUGGUGGUACUCCCUCAAAUCAGUGGUGAUGAAGAUCAGACCUGCGAGUUUUCAGUCAACUACAAAAUAAACAUGCACAUGCAUGAAUAUAUUACAGUACUUAUUUCUUUUCUGUAUACAUUUACAUAAAACAGUGUAUAGACAGCAAUAGAUAGAACUAUUUCUACUAGGGAAACACAAUGAAAUUACUGUAAGUGCCUCUGAUACACGCAGGAAUUCUAUAAGAUUAUGCCUCUCCAAGAUGGAAGUAACACACCUUCUUACAUAGAAUUGAUCUCUUUAUUUUCUGUUGCAUGUAUUUUUGUGACAUCAUGUAUCUUGCUUCAGAUACUGAUGUGAAAUAUAUUCAAAUAAAUAAGACAUAAAUAAUAAAAUAAUA